GUCCGCCUGUCCCCGCCCGGCCAUGCCCUCGCCACCGCCCGCCCUCCCCUUGCUCCUGGCCGCCUGCUGCCUCUGCGCCCUCCCGCGGGGCUCAGGGUUCCCGCAGCCUUUCUCGCGCUACCGGGACGGUGUGUUGGAGCUGCCCCAAAACCAGCAACUGGCACUGUGUUUCAGUCAGUGGAUGGAAAUGUCCAAUGAACCCCAGAUCUCCAGCAGUGUUUUGGAUCUCUGUUAUUCCAUAUUCAAGAGCAUGCAUAAAAAUGAGGAAUCACAGAUUGCUUCUGCAAAGUUUACAAAGAAGGACAGUCGUGGGACUCUGGGACGGCCUUUUUUCCUUUUCAGGCCUCGAAAUGGAAGAACUAUCAAAGGCAGUGCUCAGCCUCCUGAGCCAACCUGGCUGCAAGAUGCACUCCAUGCUUCCAUACUCUAAAAGAAGGUCAGCAGAGUUAGAACAUGGAGAAGAGAAGAACUGUGUGAGGAGGGAGGAUUCAUGUUCGAGUACAAAUAACAGAUUUGGGCACUUGACUGAACUUUCAGACAUCUGAAUCUUCUGGUAUUAGAAUUUGAAGCUAUUUAUUUUCUAACUUUGAGAAGGACUAGAAGUGAAACUAAGUCAUA